AUGGGCCACGAGAUGCGCUCUAAAUUCUCCUUUGCUCCAGGUUAUCGAAACUUGAAUCACGGUUCAUUUGGGGCUUCUCCCACCGCUAUCCGUGACAGAGCGAACAAGCUUCGUGAUGAAUGUGAAACCAAUCCGUGUCCUUUCAUCAAGUACCAAUUUCCACGGUUACUCAAUGAUUCCCGAAAUGCCAUGGGCGAGUUUCUUGGUGUGCCCAAAUCCACGAUCGUCUUUGUUCCAAACGCGACCACCGCAGUGAACACAGUUCUUCGGAACCUGGUAUGGAACAUCGAUGGAAAAGACGAAAUUGUUCAUUUUGAUGUGAUCUACGGCACGUGUGGAAAGACCAUCAGUUACGUUUGCGAGGCCAACAGAGACAUCGUUCGCGCUAGAGAAAUCAGGCUCAAGUACCCAGCCGACAGCUCUCUGAUCGUAAGCGCAUUGCGCACAGCGAUUGAGUCCUCUCGCAGUGAGGGAUUCCGCCCGCGUAUUGCAAUAUUUGACACCAUUUCAUCCAAUCCUGCUCUUCGAUUUCCCUUUGAGGAGCUGACUGCUGUCUGUCAUGCAGAGGGUGUUCUCAGUCUGAUAGAUGCUGCUCAUGGGAUUGGGCAAAUUCCACUUCAUCUUGCAUCGCUAGACCCAGACUUCUUGGUCAGUAAUUGCCAUAAGUGGUUCUAUACUCCUCGUGGGUGUGCGGUGUUUUAUGUCCCCGAGCGCAAUCAAGCCAUGAUGCGCAGCACAUUGCCAACCAGCCACGGUUUCAUUCCGCGGUCGUCGGGUCGAGUGUCUCCGAUGAAUACGACAGAUGCAUUGGAUGCCAAGACCGAGUUUGGUUCCAACUUCGAGUUCGUGGGAACCAUUGAUAACUUCGCCUUUCUGACAAUCGCGGAUGUGAUCAGGUGGAGAAAGGAUGUAUGCGGUGGUGAGCAAGCAAUCCAGGAAUACUGUGGCCACCUUUGUCGUCAAGGAGGCAGGCGUGUUGCGGAAAUCCUGGGCACAACAACCUUAGGAAAGCUUGACAAGGCCGGACCAUGUUGCAUGGUGAAUAUCCUCCUUCCCCUGGACCGGGCUACCGAAGGCUGUGGGAGUCUCGUCAAAGGCAACGACGGCUCAAGUAUGACUGUCGGUGAGUGGAUGCAACAGACCAUGAUCAGUCAGUACCAAACAUUCAUGCCUGUAUUUCCUCACCAAGGGGCCUGGUGGGUUCGGUUGAGUGCACAAAUCUAUCUUGAAGAAAGUGACUUUGAGUGGGCCGGUUGGACGCUGAAAAAGCUCUGUGAAGAAAUAUGUAUGCAUAUGGUAAGUGAAAGUGAGAGGGGAAGUGAAGUGAAGAACGAUGAGUGGUAUCAAGUGCCCAGGUGA